CCUGCCUGAUUGCUCAGCACCGAAUAGGAAGGGUUCGGGGAGGAGCGCUGGUAGGGGCAGCGGUAACGUGUAUUCUACUGUGUGCUUUGACUUUCAUCUUAGACGCUCUCAUACUGAGCAUAAAGGCGCUGGAAGGGGCACCUUCUCUGAGUAGUCUGUCAAGGGCUGUUGAGCACAAAGUUCGGGAGCCCAGCCGAGCAACGGAGAAACACCGGAAUACGGUCGCGCCACUCCAGUAAAAUGGGAUCUAGAGCUUCGACAUUGCUGAGGGAGGAAGAGAUUGAAGAGAUAAAGAAGGAGACGGGCUUUUCUCACAGUCAGAUCACACGACUCUAUAGCCGGUUCACCAGCCUGGACAAGGGAGAAAACGGCACUCUGAGCCGAGAAGAUUUCCAGAGAAUACCUGAACUGGCCAUAAAUCCCCUAGGUGACAGAAUUAUCAAUGCCUUCUUUCCUGAGGGGGAGGACCAGGUGAAUUUCCGUGGCUUCAUGCGAACUUUGGCUCACUUCCGUCCCAUUGAGGACAACGAGAAGAAUAAAGACUCCAACGCCACUGAACCUCUCAACAGCAGAAACAACAAACUGCUCUUUGCUUUCCGUCUCUAUGACCUGGAUAGGGAUAACAAGAUUUCCAGAGACGAGCUCCUACAGGUGCUGCGUAUGAUGGUUGGCGUCAACAUCUCGGAUGAGCAGCUGGGCAGCAUCGCUGACAGGACGAUCCAGGAGGCAGACCAGGACGGGGACAACUCCAUCUCCUUCUCAGAGUUCAUAAAGGUACUGGAGAAGGUGGACGUAGAGCAGAAGAUGAGCAUCAGGUUCCUCCAUUAAGAAGCGACAUUGACCAGAUGACAUCAUGCCAACUGAAGGAUCAAUCACAUCUGCAUUUCUUUAGAUAUGGACAGUAGUACUCCCUAUCACUAUAUACGCUAGCUGAACCAGAAGGUCAUGGGUGUCUGUGACCUUUCUGUCUUGUGCUCUUCUGUGAAACAAAGGGAAUUUGUGUGCCUUGGUCAUGUGUAUGGUUAGUAAGUGAUUUCCAAAUCUUUUUUUUUUAUUUAACAAAGGAUUUGAAAGAUCCUGAACAGCAUGAAUGUCAUUCCAUGUGAACACUGGAAAGCAUGUUAAAAUGAUGUCUUUGAGUACUGUUUCUACACAACUACACUUCAUGGAUAAAGUAUAUAAUUCAUAUAUAAUCUUUCAAUGUCCAUUUUAAUUUUAAAGAUUGGUUAUUAUCUAUGUCAGAUGUUGAUUUCCUGGAUUUUAUUUGUAUCUUUCAAUAUCAACUGAUCUCAGUGGUUCUAAAUGACAUUUGUAGAAUCUCACAGCAGAUGUUCCAGUUGUAGGCAUUUAUUCUGCUAAACAUGAUCUGAUACACUGCACUGUCAGCUCCUCACUUGAGUACACGAAGGCAUAUUUGAAGUUAGUAAGGGAUUAAGGUUAUUUAGGUCUAGUGCCAUGAAGUCUUUCUUAGUGUUUUUAUUGCUUUGAUAAACAUGGACUUCCGCUCAUUAUGCUCUGGAAAAGCUAACCGCAUCUAGUGGAUUGCAAAGGUCAGUCUGACUCGCUGUCACAUUCCAGAAAGCCCCAUCAGCAUCCUAAUGCCCAGUGUGUUACCUGAGCAUUUGGCAGUACUGCCUGUUUUUUUCUUUCCAAAUUUGCUGUUGUCUUAACUCUUCACUAAAAACAUUUAGAAGUGCCCAUGUACAGUCCCAAUUACUUAUCAGAUGGUCAAGAUGAUCUGAUUUUAGGUUUGUCAUAAGUGGCUAAAAAUGGUGUUGAUGGAUCAAAAGGCUGUUGUUGCCUUUUGGUUUGUUGGGCAUGGCGUACAGACCAAUAAGGCAGAAUCACAAAGACUGAUGCAUAGGUUUUUUUCUCAUUCAUCGAGUCAGCAGGCUUCAGAAAUGAACAUAGGUGCGUUUUAGUGUAAUUGACAGGACAUUGUAACAUUUGUCAGUAUAUACACUAUUAAUUGCUUAAUGGUUUCAUUUACUUUUAAAGGGGCCUUAAUGUAUUUUGGUUUGAUUUUGUUGUUUUUGUGUGUAUAUAUUGAAAUGAUUAAACUGGAAAAAUGUAAGUAGAUUAAUAUAAACCUGUUAAAUAAAACUAUGGGAACUUGUGUAAUUACAAUUAGGAGCAUGCCGCAGCUGCUAUUGAAUACUUUUCCAUUGAAAAGUAUUAUUUAUCAGUUUUGUGAAUCACAAAUAUAGCUCAAAUUGUGUGUUACUGUAGAGGUAAUAUAAUCGCACACAACCAUAAAUUUUCUGAAAUGUAUAAAUUUCAAGCAGUUUAAAUGUCACUCAAAUAAAACUCCCAAGUGCCAUGCUUAUUACAGAUUCA